CAUCUUUGCAGCGAAACAGAACUACUAACUGCAACAACCGCGAAAGAAACGACUGUGGGUGUUUGAAUUGAAGCUCCGACGCGUCAUCAUGGCCGAUCCCAAUCAACCAUCGCCGUCUUCUCAGUACGAUCAGCGAAAGUGUUUCAAGGGCUAGAACGGAAGGGAAGCGAACGAUAGAACAGGGAGUGGAGUAUCUCAAGUUGGUGAGGGAUACAUUUGGGUCUCGCAAAGAUAGCCGAUACCGUGGUUUUUUGCGAGUCAUGAAAGAUUACAAGGAAGGAACAUUUGAUACCCUGGAAGUUAUAUCAUUGGUGAAGGAGAUGUUUGAGGGCCACCAUGAACUCUUGACGGGUUUCAACAUCUUGUUGCCAAGAGGAUACAGUAUUAAUUCUGUUGCACCUACAAAAGACCCACCAACAGCAUUGGAAGCUCGUGUGGAGGCUGUCAACUUAGUAAACAAAAUCAGGACCCGGUUGCAGGAUGACAAGCUUUACAGAUCCCUCGUUGAUGUUAUGUGCAAAUAUGGAAGGAAUCCCCGUGUUAACAUUCUUCUCAAAGAGCUACCCAUCCUUUUUCAAGACCAUCCAGAUUUACUUGCGGAAUUAUAUAUCCGCUACCCAGAGACAAAAGGACAAGUCCCAGAGAGAUGUACAGAAGGUUCAGAAACAUGACAAAGGAGUUUUAUGGUUUAGUGACUUUCUUGUUCUAACCUGCAUUGUUAUUGAUUACAACUUUUCUUGAAUUGGGGGCUGGGUGGGGCUUUAAUUGGUUGCAAUAUGCGAGGUUCCAUCAAUGACAGCUGAAACACAUGUGCCACGGUCUUCUAACACUUGUUGCUUCUUAUAUGGUUUUGGUGAUUCUCCAUGUUGAAGUAGAUCAUUGUGUUGUCUGGUAGGUGAAUAAAGCUUUUGUGCAGUUUAGUUGAUCCUGUUUAGAACAAGGAAUGAGUAUUAGAGGAUAGCGGCUUUCACUUUGUCUCUCCUCAUAACUCUGCAAAUUGCAUUGAAUAGUUUUGAAGCUGAAUUUGUUACCUUUUUAAAGGAAAUGAGAAUCAGUUACAGGUA